CCUCCGCCCCGCGCGCUCGCUCCCCGCGCUGCCGCCGCCACUGCCGCACCUGCCACCAUGUCGCCGCCGCCGGGUCAUGUCUGACUCUCUCUGGACCGCGCUUUCCAAUUUCUCGAUGCCCUCCUUCCCUGGCGGCAGUAUGUUCCGCCGCACCAAGAGCUGCCGCACCAGUAACCGGAAAAGCCUCAUCCUGACCAGCACUUCGCCCACGCUGCCGCGACCCCACUCCCCACUGCCUGGACACCUGGGUAGCAGUCCCCUGGACAGCCCCCGCAACUUCUCCCCCAACACCCCCGCCCACUUCUCGUUUGCCUCCUCCCGAAGGGCGGAUGGACGCCGUUGGUCUCUGGCUUCGCUUCCUUCAUCUGGCUAUGGCACGAACACACCCAGCUCCACCGUCUCGUCUUCCUGCUCCUCCCAGGAGCGCCUGCACCAGCUGCCCUACCAGCCCACCGUGGAUGAGCUCCACUUCCUCUCCAAACACUUCGGCAGCACCGAGAGCAUCACUGACGAGGAUGGUGGCCGCCGCUCUCCCGCCGUGCGGCCUCGCUCGCGGAGCCUCAGCCCCGGGCGCUCCCCCUCUUCCUACGACAACGAGAUCGUGAUGAUGAACCAUGUCUACAAGGAGAGGUUCCCGAAGGCCACCGCGCAGAUGGAGGAGAAGCUGCGCGACUUCGCCCGCGCCUACGAACCUGACAGCGUGCUGCCGCUGGCCGACGGCGUGCUCAGCUUCAUCCACCACCAGAUCAUCGAGCUGGCCCGGGACUGCCUGACCAAGUCCCGCGAUGGGCUCAUCACCACCGUCUACUUCUACGAACUGCAGGAGAACCUGGAGAAGCUGCUGCAGGACGCCUAUGAGCGCUCCGAGAGCAUGGAGGUAGCCUUCGUCACCCAGCUGGUCAAGAAGCUGCUCAUCAUCAUCUCGCGCCCCGCGAGGCUGCUGGAGUGCCUGGAAUUCAACCCCGAGGAGUUUUACCACUUGCUGGAGGCGGCGGAGGGCCACGCCAAGGAAGGUCACCUUGUCAAGACCGACAUCCCGCGCUACAUCAUCCGCCAGCUGGGCCUCACCCGGGACCCCUUCCCAGACGUGGUGCACCUGGAAGAGCAGGACAGCGGGGGCUCCAACACGCCCGAGCAGGACGACCUCUCCGAGGGCCGCAGCACCAAGGCUAAAAAACCACCUGGAGAGAAUGACUUUGAGACCAUCAAGCUCAUAAGCAAUGGUGCCUACGGUGCUGUCUACCUUGUGCGGCACCGCGAUACAAGACAGCGCUUUGCAAUGAAGAAGAUCAACAAACAGAACCUGAUAUUGCGGAACCAGAUCCAGCAGGCCUUUGUGGAGCGUGAUAUACUCACUUUUGCUGAGAACCCCUUUGUGGUUGGCAUGUUCUGCUCCUUUGAGACCCGGCGCCACCUCUGCAUGGUCAUGGAAUACGUGGAAGGGGGGGACUGUGCCACCCUGCUGAAGAACAUCGGGGCACUGCCUGUGGAGAUGGCCCGCAUGUACUUCGCUGAGACCGUGCUGGCACUGGAGUACUUGCACAACUAUGGCAUCGUGCACCGGGACCUCAAGCCUGACAACCUACUCAUCACCUCUAUGGGGCACAUCAAGCUCACGGAUUUUGGCCUCUCCAAGAUGGGGCUUAUGAGCCUCACGACCAACCUGUACGAGGGCCACAUUGAGAAGGACGCCCGGGAAUUCCUGGACAAACAGGUGUGUGGGACCCCAGAGUACAUCGCACCCGAGGUCAUCCUGCGCCAGGGAUACGGCAAGCCGGUGGACUGGUGGGCCAUGGGCAUCAUUCUUUAUGAGUUCCUGGUGGGCUGCGUACCCUUCUUUGGAGACACGCCCGAAGAACUCUUUGGACAGGUCAUCAGCGAUGACAUCCUGUGGCCAGAAGGGGACGAGGCCCUGCCCACGGACGCCCAGCUCCUGAUAUCCAGCCUCCUGCAGACCAACCCCCUGGUCCGGCUGGGGGCAGGUGGUGCCUUUGAGGUGAAGCAGCACAGUUUCUUUCGAGACCUGGACUGGACAGGACUGCUGAGGCAGAAGGCCGAGUUCAUCCCCCACCUGGAGUCCGAGGAUGACACGAGCUACUUCGACACCCGCUCGGACAGGUAUCAUCACGUGAACUCCUAUGAUGAGGAUGACACGACGGAAGAGGAGCCCGUGGAAAUCCGCCAGUUCUCCUCUUGCUCCCCGCGCUUCAGCAAGGUGUACAGCAGCAUGGAGCAACUGUCGCAGCACGAGCCCAAGACCCCGGUGGCGGUGGCGGCAGCGGGGGCCAGCAAGCGGGAGCCGAGCGCUAAGGGCCCAGACGAGAAGGCGGCUGGCAAGCGGGAGGGCCUGGGCGGCCUGACCCUGCGGGAGAAGACCUGGAGAGGGGGCUCCCCGGAGAUCAAGCGUUUCUCGGCUUCCGAAGCCAGCUUCCUGGAGGGGGAGGCCAGUCCCCCGCUGGGCGCGCGCCGCCGUUUCUCUGCGCUGCUGGAACCGAGCCGCUUCAGCGCCCCCCAAGAGGAUGAGGACGAGGCCCGGUUGCGCCGGCCUCCCCGGCCCAGCUCUGACCCCCCAGGCUCCCUGGAAGCGCGGGGCUCCAAAGAGGCAGCUCAAGGGGAUGGCACCCCCAGCGCUGGGGACGCUGAGGCCGCUGACCGCCCACGCCCAGGUGACCUCUGUCCACCCUCGAAGGACGGGGACUCAUCAGGCCCGAGGGCCACCAAUGACCUGGUUUUGCGCCGGGCGCGGCACCAGCAGCUGUCAGGAGACCCUGCUGUAGAGAAGAGACCUUCUAGAACGGGGGGCAAAGUCAUCAAGUCGGCUUCCGCCACUGCUUUGUCUGUCAUGAUUCCUGCAGUGGACCCCCAUGGAAGCUCACCUCUGGCCAGCCCCAUGUCCCCACGAUCUCUCUCCUCUAACCCAUCCUCACGGGACUCCUCGCCCAGCCGGGACUACUCACCGGCUGUCAGUGGGCUCCGCUCCCCCAUUACCAUUCAACGCUCUGGCAAGAAGUAUGGCUUCACAUUGCGUGCCAUUCGGGUCUACAUGGGUGACUCGGACGUCUACAGUGUUCAUCACAUUGUCUGGCACGUGGAAGAGGGGGGCCCAGCUCAGGAGGCUGGGCUGUGUGCUGGUGACCUCAUCACCCACGUGAACGGGGAGCCUGUGCAUGGCAUGGUGCAUCCUGAGGUCGUGGAGCUGAUCCUUAAGAGUGGCAAUAAGGUAGCGGUGACUACAACGCCCUUUGAAAAUACCUCCAUUCGCAUUGGCCCCGCCCGGCGCAGCAGCUACAAAGCCAAAAUGGCCAGGAGGAACAAGCGGCCCUCUGCCAAGGAGGGUCAGGAGAGCAAGAAGCGCAGCUCCCUCUUCCGCAAGAUCACAAAGCAGUCAAACCUGCUGCACACUAGCCGCUCGCUGUCGUCGCUGAACCGGUCGCUGUCGUCCAGCGACAGCCUCCCGGGCUCGCCCACGCACGGGCUGCCUGCACGCUCGCCUACCCACAGCUACCGCUCCACGCCCGACUCCGCCUACCUAGGCGCCUCCUCCCAGAGCAGCUCGCCGGCCUCCAGCACGCCCAACUCGCCAGCGUCGUCGGCGUCGCACCACAUCCGGCCCAGCACGCUGCACGGCCUGUCGCCGAAAUUGCACCGCCAGUACCGCUCUGCGCGCUGCAAGUCGGCCGGCAACAUCCCCCUGUCGCCACUGGCACACACGCCGUCCCCGACACAGGCGUCGCCACCGCCGCUGCCAGGCCACACGGUGGGCAGCUCACAUACGACGCAGAGCUUCCCUGCGAAGCUGCACUCGUCACCGCCCGUGGUGCGCCCGCGCCCCAAGAGUGCCGAGCCCCCGCGCUCGCCUCUCCUCAAACGCGUGCAGUCGGCAGAGAAGCUGGGAGCCUCGCUGGGCGCCGACAAGAAGGGCGCACUGCGCAAACACAGCCUCGAGGUGGGCCACCCGGAUUUCCGCAAGGACUUCCACGGCGAGCUGGCGCUGCAUAGCCUCGCCGAGUCUGACGGCGAGACGCCUCCCAUCGAGGGUCCUGGCACACCUAGGCAGGUUGCCGUCCGUCGCCUGGGCCGCCAAGAGUCACCCCUGAGCUUGGGUGCCGAUCCGCUGCUGCCCGAGGGCUCCCCCAGGGCGUCGGUGUCCAGUAAAGAGAAGGAGUCUCCGGGUGGGGCCGAUGCCUGCACCCCACCCCGUGUGACGACCCCCGGGGGCCGGACCCUGGAGCGGGACGCCAGCGGCAUAAGGCACCAGAGCGUGCAGACAGAGGAUGGAGCGGGUGGGGUGGCCAGGGCCGUGGCAAAGGCUGCGCUGAGCCCAGUGCAGGAACACGAGACCGGCAGGCGCAGCAGCUCGGGUGAGGCAGGCACACCCCCGGUGCCAAUUGUCGUAGAGCCUGUGCGUCCCGGGGCCAAGGCCGGGACCCCCCAGCCUCUUGGUGCAGACUCCAAAGGGUUGCAGGAAUCCACAUCUCUGGCGCCUCCUGUACCUGAGGUUCCCCGGGGUCGGGAGUGCUGGGUGCUGGAGGUGGUAGAGGAGCGGACCACGCUGAGCGGGCCUCGCUCCAAGCCCACCUCCCCCAAACUCUCUCCAGAACCCCAGACCCCCUCCCUAGCCCCCACAAGGAAUGCGCCCAGCACUGCAGGGCUCCCAACCCCACCUACUUCCCUCUUGGUCCCAGCUACCAAGGCUGAGGUGGGGCCGACCUCCCGGUGCCCUGCUGAAGCUAUACCCCCAGCAGGCCUGACCAAAAAAGGUGCACCCUGCCCCACACCUCCAGGCCCAUAGCCAAGGGGGCCGCUGGCCCUGCUCUGUACAGCCACCUGUAUACAUAUGUACACAUAUAAAUAAAGUGUGUCUGUGCUGUGUGAGCUUU